AUGGAUAGUCAGCACGUACAUGCAAUUCACAAAUCACAGCCCAAGAUCAUCAAUACACCUUGGGAUUUUUGGCUUGAAAGGAAAUUUUUGUCUACAGAAGAGGUGGAGAUGCUCAAAACAUUUGAGGCCCUCAGCUCGAUAGAGAAAACAUCACGAGUUAAUGAUAAAUUGUUCAUUAGUGUGCUUAAAAAUGCUUUGUCAUCACCAAAUAAUGACCUAAUCAUCUAUUCGCUCCACACUAUUUCGGAUAUUUGUCGUAUCGACUCUAGUAAUUAUGAUAUAUUUCUAGAUAUAUUCGAGGGGAAUGAAAUUAUUAAUUUAUUUACAACUUUGGCUAAAGAUAAGAAAGGGAAUGUUGCUUCUAAAGCUUUUUCUUUUCUCUCUCGUGUUAUGAGUUAUAACGCUGGAUUCACAUUAUCACAAGUAGAUGAAUUGCUAGAUAACAUGAACUCAAUUGAGUUAGAUUUGUCAGCAAAAUCAAGACUUGAAAUCGUAUGUAACUUGCUAAAAUAUGAUGGUUAUCGUGAAAUUGUGUUUAAUAAAAAGGGAGUGCCAACUUUGAUAAACAAGUGUUUGCAUGAUUCAAACAAUGCUGAUAGUCAGUAUCAUGCUGUGUUUUGCUAUUGGUUGUUGUCAUUCAAACCUAAGUUUAUCCCAGAAAUGGUUGCUUCCGGGAUAAUUUUGCAAUUAUGCAAUUUAUUUAAUUCAACAAAAGUGGAGAAAAUUGUUAGAGUAUUUUUGUUGUUGUUUGAUAAUUUACAGAACUAUGGACCCUGUUUGGAAAUUAUCGCAGAUACCAAUGUCAAUCAGACCAUAAAAUUGCUAGAGUAUGACAAGUGGAAAGAUAAGGAAUUAUACGGCGAAAUAGUUCGCAUAUAUAACCAAAUAGAACUUAAAAUUCGUAAAUUGACAAAUAUUGAUAGAUAUUUGUCAGAACUCAAAACUGGUGCACUCAAAUGGUCGCAGUUGCACACUGAACAAUUUUGGUCCCAAAAUUACACAUUUUUUGAAAGAGAUGAAUUUUCUAAUAUUGCAAGAUUGGUAGAAUUGUUAAAUUCUACCGAUAAUGUGAUACUAGCCAUUGCCUGUUUUGACAUCGGUGAAUUUGCUAGGAGAUACCACAAUGGGAAACAAAUUUGUAAAAAAUUCAAUGUGAAAGCCAGGGUUAUGGAAUUAACAUCAUCAAAGGAUCGUGAUGUAGCUAGGGAAGCUAUGCUAUGUUUGCAAAAAUUAAUAGUACAUAACUGGCAACAAGUGGCUAGGAAAAAUUGA